AUGAACGGCACCAAACGGUCAUGGCAUGACAUGGACGACGCUGCUGCUGCUGCUGCUGCCGCUGCCGCCGUCACCAUGGACUCCUUUACGGCGACGUUUGGGAACCACGGUCAAGACCACAGCACCGUCACUAUCACCACAGACGGCACACGACUCGACGACAAUGCAUCUGCUGCAUCGCGCCAAAAGAGCUGCAAUGCUUGCGUGAGAGGCAAGAGACGCUGCGACAAGCGCACGCCACAGUGCAGCCGCUGCUCUGCAAAGGGCCUGGAUUGCAUCUACCAGAAACUGCCCCCUGGAGCAUCAACAGCCGAAACGUGCUCAUCCGCCGGAGCCUCCGCGGCCAACCUCACCACUGAGUCCGCCGCUGAGUCCGCAAGGCCGCUGGGCACCGUCUCCUCUUCCUCUGCCGCCAGCACCGCCUCCUGCGUCUCAGAUGUGCCCGAGUUUGAUAUGAGCUUCGACAUGGACAGCUUGGGCACCGAUACUAGUCCUGAGAGCCUUCAAGCCGAUAUUGGCGUGCCUCUCAGCAACUCGACCCAUGGCUCUGGCGGACUUGACUUUUCUAUUGUGGACUUGAUGGCCCAGACUGCCGGGGGGGAACACGACUUCUGGAACCUGCACCCUUUUGCGGAGACUUCGACCGAUAAGUUGCAAAUUCCGCCUGUGCCUACCGGUCACUGUAACAUGACACCGCCCUCCAUGCUUCAUCAGAACUUGCAACAGCUCCAGCCCAUUCGUGACCUGUCUCUCAUCAAGGACGCUGACGCUGCCUGCAUGGAGGUUGAUCCGUUGGCCGUCCAUGACCCCAACACACGAAUCGGUUACAUAGUGAGCUUCUUGACAAGUAUGCAUAGCACUUUCACGCAGACGAGAGCCUUGCCCUUUAUGCAUCCGCGUCUGUGGGUCGGUCAACUACCCAAAGUUAUCCUUGCUGCGUUUUCAGCCUCGUCGGCAUAUACCGCGUGUGGUCCCGCGAACAAGGGAUGGACUGUUCGUCUACUGGUGGAUGCGGGACGAGAGAUUCAUCGCGAGGGCGAGCGUGCCAUCUCCAAUGACGACAAGCUGUCGCGCGUACAAGCGUUGUUGAUUCUGAACUCGAUGAGAAUCUUUGAUGGUGAUCUGGGAUUGAGGGCCGCGGCGGAGAGAGAAGUUCCCGUCCUGAUGUCGUGGCUCAAAGAGUUGAAUAGCAUCAGGGAGAAUCUGGAGAUGGAGGAGAGUCUUGGUGGAGUGAAAGCAGCUGUGCGAGAGAAGUCACCAAAGUCGUGGGAGGUCUGUCAGAGCUGGGUAUUUUUGGAGAGCUGCCGCCGCACAUUGAUAACCUCGUACGCCAUUAUAUGCAUUUCGUGCAUGCUCAAAUCGGAAACUCCUCCUCUAGCCAACGAUGAAAUGUGGCGUGACGAUAUUGGUUUCACUGCCUCGCGCCACCUCUGGGACGCGCCAAAUUCAGUCGAGUUCUACCGUGCGUGGCGUGAAAAGCCGCAGUUUUCAAUCCAGAACAUGGUGUUUAAGGAUUUCUGGAUGUACGCUCGACCGGAUGAUUGUGAUGAUUUUACGAAGCUUAUGCUUACAACGCAAGUCGGUCUUGAUGCCAUGGCGCAUUUUAUGAAUGGGGAUGCCGCCAUACCAGUAAAUCCGGGGCGGGCACCUUGA